AAAAACAGUGAAAACUCAUGAAAGUCUAGGACUUUUCAGGUCACCUUCUUCAAUCAAAGAGGAUCCUUUUUCUUUUUUUCUUUAUUCCCUUUUAUUAUUGUGCCCUGUUCAUGGAUCCAACAACAGCAAAGCAGCCACAACAAGUACCAAACUUCUUGAGCCUCCCACAACCACAACAACAACCUAACAUGGGUGAGAACAAGCCAGCUGAAAUCAAAGACUUCCAGAUUGUGAUUGCUGACAAAGAAGAGGGCAAGAAGCAGUGCCCCAAGAGAAGCUCAAACAAAGACCGGCACACCAAAGUUGAAGGCAGGGGAAGGAGAAUAAGGAUGCCAGCUCUUUGUGCAGCGAGGAUUUUUCAAUUGACCAGAGAAUUGGGCCACAAAUCUGAUGGAGAAACCAUACAGUGGCUGUUACAGCAGGCUGAGCCAUCGAUAAUAGCAGCCACUGGGACUGGAACCAUACCGGCUUCAGCUUUGGCAGCGGCAGGGGGUUCUGUAUCACAGCAGGGGGCCUCUCUAUCAGCUGGAUUGCACCAAAAGAUUGAUGAUUUGGGGGGGUCCAGUAUCGGGUUAGGGAGUAGGACCAGUUGGGCAAUGGUAGGUGGGAAUUUAGGAAGACCCCAUGUGGCCACAGGGCUAUGGCCCCCGGUCAGUGGGUUUGGGUUUCAGUCAUCAUCUGGUCCAUCGACUGCGAAUUUGGGAAGUGAGAGUUCAAAUUACCUGCAAAAGAUUGGCUUCCCUGGCUUUGACUUGCCAGCCACCCCUAUGAGUUUCACCUCAAUAUUGGGUGGGAAUAAUCAGCAGCUACCUGGAUUGGAGCUCGGCUUAUCCCAAGAUGGUCAUAUCGGGGUUUUGAACCCACAAGCCUUGAGUCAGAUUUAUCAGCAGAUGGGGCAGGCUAGAGUGCAGCAGCAACAGCAACACCAGCACCAACCUCCUGCUAAGGAUGAUUCUCAAGGUUCAGGACAGUAGGCUUGGUCUCUGGGGACGUUAAAGUCCACAAACUUGGAGGGACGUGCAAGAAGUAGCAUUUUCAGAGGCUGAGUUCUUUUGUAGUGGGUUUUGUAUUGUAUAAUUUACAAAAAGAAAAAAAAGUGAGAAAAAGAGAUACUGAGAGAAUUCAAUAGGGACUGGAUUUGGUUUGCCCCUUCUUUUUGUCCUCUGCAUCAGUAAAGUCUCCAAAAACAGGUGGAAAUGUGCACUACCAAAUUGCUUGGUUUGGGAUUAACUUCUUGUUUAAUUCAGAGGUGUGUUGAUUAUAGUGUAAGGCAUCUUAAAUUAUUUUGUUCUUCCUUGGGUCUCGAUGGAGUGGUGAUCGGUUUGUUUGUCACAUUACAGCUUCAUAGUCAUACUUGUCCAAUUUCUUCUUAGGUCUAGCAAGGAAUUUUAGUUAUCCAGUAUAUUCUUAUGUUUUGCGCAGAAAGGGUGAGUUGCUUAUAACAACUAGCUGUCUGAUACAUGCAUUUUUACUUGCUAGCCCAUGUCUGUAAACAGCUUAUUUUAGUGUUACCUCUUCAGAAAUACACGGCUUUGGAUCAA